GACUAUCAAGUCCUGACAGAUCCUAGUACUGUCUUAUCCAAAUCCCACAGAGCUGAGAACUCAAACUCUUUCUCCUUCACCAGACAUUCCCAGCUCCGCCAUGACCUCCACCGUCUGCAACCCCACAACUCCACCGUCCUCUCACCCAUCUUUUCUCUUCCCACAAAUCACAUCAUGCAAAACCAUCAGAGACCUGCACCAAGUCCACGCCCACUUUAUCAAAACCCGCCAAAUCCACGACCCCCUCGCCGCCGCCGAAAUCCUCCGCUUCUACGCCCUCUCGACCCACCGCAGUAUCCAAUGCGCCCGUUCUGUUUUCACCCAGAUGGAGAAACCCAAUUACUUUUCCUGGAACACAAUCAUCAGGGCUCUCGCAGAGAGCUCUGUUAACGACCACUCGCUCGAUGCCCUCUUCUUCUUUUCUCAAAUGGUUGCUGAUGGUUCUGUGGAACCCAAUAAGUUCACCUUCCCUUCAGUGCUGAAAGCCUGUGCAAAAAUGGGGAAUCUUGAGGUGGGUAAGUGUGUUCAUGGCAUGGCUGUGAAGUUUGGAUUGGAAACUGAUGGGUUUGUUGUGAGCAAUCUGGUGAGGAUGUAUGUAAUGUGUGAGGUUAUGGAGGAUGCAAAUUUGUUGUUUUCUAGGAGUGUUGGGGAUUUUGGUGUUUUGAAUGGAAGGAAGCAAGAGGGCAAUGUGGUUUUGUGGAAUGUGAUUGUUGAUGGGUACGUUAGAGUUGGGGAUUUUAGAGCUGCAAGGGAGCUGUUCGAUAAAAUGCCUCACAGAAGUGUGGUGUCCUGGAAUGCGAUGAUAUCCGGGUACGCGCAAAAUGGGUUUUUAAAGGAGGCUGUGGAAAUGUUCCGGGAUAUGCAGAUUGGGAAUGUGUGUCCAAAUUAUGUGACUUUGGUUAGUGUCUUGCCGGCGAUAUCACGGCUUGGUGCACUUGAACUAGGGAAGUGGAUACAUUUGUAUGCCAACAAGAAUGGAAUCGGGAUUGAUGAUGUGCUUGGUUCUGCUUUGGUGGAUAUGUACUGUAAGUGUGGGAGCAUUGAGAAGGCACUUCUAGUUUUUGAGCAACUGCCGAAAAGGAAUGUGAUAACUUGGAAUGCCAUAAUUAGUGGACUUGCUAUGCACGGUCGUGUUGAGGAUGCACUAGAUUAUUUUUUGAAGAUGGAACGAGCUGGUGUGGUGCCUAGUGAUGUAACGUACAUUGGCAUCUUGAGUGCUUGUAGCCAUGCCGGUUUGGUGGAGAAGGGGCGAUCAUUCUUCAACCAUAUGGUUAAUGUAGUCGGCUUAGAACCUAGAAUCGAGCAUUAUGGAUGUAUGGUUGAUUUAUUAGGUCGUGCAGGAUUGUUAGAAGAAGCUGAAGAGCUUAUACUGAACAUGCCAAUUCAGCCAGAUGAUGUUACAUGGAAGGCGCUACUCGGUGCUUGCAAGAUGCAAGGGAACAUCGAUAUCGGUAAAGGUGUGGCAGAGAUUUUAAUGGACUUGGCUCCUCGUGAUAGUGGAUCCUACAUUGCUCUCUCGAACAUGUAUGCCUCUUUGGGAAAUUGGGAGGAAGUAGCAAAGGUGAGAUUGCGGAUGAAAGAUAUGGACAUUAGGAAAGACCCGGGAGGUAGUUCGAUUGAGCUUGAUGGAGCAAUUCACGAGUUUGUGGUGGAAGACGACUCUCAUCCUAGAGCCGGAGAAAUCCAUUCAAUGUUGGAGGAAAUUUCCGAAAAACUGAGCUUGGAAGGCCAUAGGCCUAACACCACACAAGUGUUGCUCAACAUGGAUGAAGAAGAAAAACAAAGUGCUUUACGUUGUCACAGCGAAAAGAUUGCAACUGCCUUUGGCUUAAUCAGUACAGCCGCUCAAACCACGCUUCGAAUUGUUAAGAAUCUACGCAUAUGUGAAGAUUGUCACUCUUCGAUAAAGUUGAUCUCGAAACUUUAUAAACGCAAGAUUGUUGUCAGGGAUCGCAAGCGCUUCCACCACUUCGAAAAUGGUUUAUGCUCUUGCAAGGAUUACUGGUAAAUGCCUACAUUAUCAAUUCAAUUGUAUUCAGAUUCUUCUCCAAGUUAACCAUUGCGUUAUGUGAUGAAUGUACAAUAUUGUUAUGUUUGACAUAGUUUAAGAAGUCUA